AAUAAAAAUUAUAAAAUUUGUUAAAAUAUUUUGUAACUUUGUUAUUAACAAUAUAUUUUCAUAAAAAAUGAUGUUAAAAGCUGUUAUAUUAAUUGGUGGCCCUUUAAAAGGCACCAGAUUUCGACCACUCUCAUUAGAUAUACCUAAACCACUGUUCCCAGUUGCUGGUUUACCAAUGAUUCAACACCAUAUUGAAGCAUGUUCCGAAGUACCUAAUUUAGAAGAAAUUUUAAUUAUCGGUUCAUAUCCUGCUAAUGAAUUAUCACAAUUCAUAAUGGAUAUGAAAAGUACAUACGGUGUAAUUAUUAGAUACUUACAAGAAUUCACACCGUUAGGUACAGCCGGAGGCAUGUAUCAUUUCCGAGAUCAAAUACGUUCUGGUAGUCCAACAUAUUUUUUUGUAAUAAAUGGAGAUGUAUGUGCCGAUUUUCCCUUACAAGAGCUCGUAGAAUUUCAUAGUAAAAAGCAGGCAUUGUUAACUAUUAUGGCUACAGAAGCUACUAGACAGCAAUCAUUAAAUUAUGGUUGUAUGGUUUUGGGUAAGGAUGGAGAAGUGGCACAUUAUGUCGAAAAACCAUCGACGUUUGUAUCUACUCUUAUUAAUUGUGGAAUAUAUAUUACAUCUCCUAAUAUUUUUCAAUCAAUGGCAGAUGUUUUUAAUGCUAGCCAACAACAAGAAAAUUGUUUACAAUUAAAUGGAAAUGGUAGAGAUCCUGCAAAUAUUGCAUUAGAACAAGAUAUAAUAACACGACUAGCAGGAAAUGGAUGUUUGUUUGCUUUACCUGUUACAAGGUGGUGGUCACAGUUAAAAACAGCAGGAUCUGCCAUUUACGCAAAUCGACAUUAUUUAUCUUUAUAUAAAACUAAAAAUCCGGGUUAUCUUACUUCUCCAAGUUCAAAUAAAUGUAAUAUCAUUGGAGAUGUAUACAUUCAUCCAACAGCUACUGUUCAUCCAUCUGCUUUGUUAGGACCAAAUGUUAGUAUAGGAAUGAAUACAGUUAUCGAAGCUGGUGUAAGAAUAAAAGAAUCAAUUAUUUUGGCCAAUGCGCAGAUUCAAGCACAUACCAUUAUUUUAAAUAGUAUAAUAGGAAAAGGUAGUCGCGUUGGAGAAUGGGCACGCAUUGAAGGUACUCUGUGCGAUCCAAAUCCUGACAAACCAUUUGCUAAGAUGGAAAAUUUACCUCUCUUCAACAUCAAUGGCAAAUUAAAUCCUUCCAUCACGAUACUUGGCACAAGCGUUACAUUAGCAUCAGAAAAGGUUCUAUUAAAUUCUAUUGUAUUGCCGCACAAAGUAUUAUCGAGAAAUUUUAAAAAUGAAAUAAUUUUAUAAAUAUUUUUUUUGUUUUUCUUUUGUACAUUAUUGGAAAUAAAUAAAAUGGUAAUAAAUGUCUGUGUGUGUGUACGUAUGUGUGUGCUAUAAUAUUCACGCACAAUUAAAGCAUAUUUCAAUUUAAUAUGUAAUACAUGUAAAAAGAUAAGAUUAUUUAUAGUCAAUUAAAUAAACUUUUGUAUCGUUUGGAUGCAUGAUCACCAAAGCUGAUAGAACAUCGAAGGCUUAAUAACUUUGUAUUAUACACUAUAGACUGUUUUUCUAAAUAUAACGUACGAGAUGGUUUCUAUCGAAAUUAAAAACGAAUAAUAAAAAAUACAUUUUAUACACAAAUUAUCUAAUAUAUUAAUGUUUCACAAUG